AAUAUUCCUUUAUGAUAUUUUUGUCGGACCAACAUUGAUUGACCAUGGAUCAUGAUCUCACUUAUGACGAUGUGUAAUACAAUAAACUUCUACAUAUGAUCAACGACAUGAAUCGUUAUUAGAGAAUCGAACAUCAAUGCAAAACAUACCAUUUCUCUACUUAGAAUGAUCACUUUUUAAUGCUUUGAUAAGUCAUACAAAAUUUAUGUUUUCAACUAAUUUGAAAAGGCAAGAAGUUCAAAAAGGCACAGUGCAUUUUUAUUCUCUUUAGCUGCAAGCAUGCAUUAGCAUUUAGCAUUAUUAAACUAACUAUUGCAGACUGCAGAGGAGAGGAGAAAGAAAAUUAGUCCUUACAGUAGUACUCAAUCCUUAUCCACCAACCACCAUUGAAAAUCUAGAUAAGAUAUUAACUACCUCGUCCUUCCUAAUUCUGUAACUUCUUUUUCUCCUUCAAGUCCAACUAAUCAAUUUUUUAUUAUUAAUUUUAAUUAAUUUUUUAGAAGAAAGAAUCCCACAAGCAAAGUUUCCCUUUUGAGACACUUUUCUCUUUCCUUUAUACUCUUCCCCCACUCCACAAGGUUCUUUUAUAUUUUAUAUUUUUUUUUCCUAUGAUGUCUGCAUUUUUGCUUUCUUGGUGCUUUUGAAGCUAGCUAGCAUUCUUGAUGGGACUUGUUUUUACCAAAUGGGCAUUCAUUUUUUUACUGUGUUGUUCUUGCAUCACCUCUAUAGUAUAUUCAGGUAAGUGGACGGGUUACAUGGUGGAUCUAAAGUUAGAGGAGUGAACUUAGGAGGGUGGCUUGUUAUUGAAGGUUGGAUCAAACCUUCUUUGUUUGAUGGCAUUGCCAAUGGAGACAUGCUUGAUGGGACAGAAGUGCAGCUUAAGUCAGUGAAAUUGCAGAAGUAUGUAUCUGCAGACAAUGGGGGAGGAAUGAAUGUGACAGUUGAUAGGGAUGCCCCAUCUUCAUGGGAAACAUUCAGAUUGUGGAGAGUAUCUGAAUCUGAAUUUCAAUUCCGUACCAAUCAAGGCCCAUUUCUUACAUGUGAUGGUGGAGGCUGCACUGUCUCUGCAACAGCAAAAUCACCUUCAACGUCUGAGAUAUUUGAAGUUAAGCGUAACGAGAAAAAUAAGGUUCACAUCAAGAUAAAGGAUGGACCCUAUCUGCAGGCUACAACUGGUAAUCAGCUCACAGCAGACUAUCCAGGCGUACCCGGAUGGGAUGAUAAUUCAGCCACAUUUGAAAUGACCAUUGUAUCAAAUAACCUACAUGGAGAUUACCAGCUAGCAAAUGGUUAUGGACAUGAGAGUGCAGAAGAUGUUCUUAGGAGACAUAGAAAUAGCUAUAUUACAGUAGAGGAUUUCAAAUUUCUAUAUGAGCAUGGAAUAAAUACUGUGAGGAUACCGGUUGGGUGGUGGAUUGCUUUUGAUCCUGAUCCUCCAAGUCCAUUUAUUGGAGGAAGUCUUGAAGCUCUAGAUAAUGCAUUUUCAUGGGCACAAGAAUAUGAUAUAAAAUGCAUUAUUGACCUUCAUGCUGCUCCUGGUUCCCAAAAUGGAAUGGAGCAUAGUGCAAGCAGAGAUGGAUUUACAGGCUGGCCAACUUCUCCAGAUUACAUUUCAAAGUCAUUACAUGUUAUUGACUUUUUAAUUUCUAGAUAUGCAAAGCAUCCUGCCUUGCUGGGAAUUGAGCUUUUGAAUGAACCAUCAGCUGGCACAGUUUCUUUAGAUAUUUUAACUUCGUAUUACAAGCAAGGCUACCAAAUCGUUCGGAAAUAUUCAUCGUCAGCUUAUGUGAUAAUGUGCCAAAGAAUUGGCAAUGCGGAUCCUUUGGAGCUUUAUCAAGCCGACAUAGGAUCUACCAACUUAGUUUUGGAUUUGCAUUUCUACAACCUCUUUGACACAUUCUUUGUUAAUAUGAGUGCUGGUGAUAAUGUGCAAUACAUAUACAAAAGUCGGGAAGGUCUGUUGCAGGCCUUCAACAAUUCAAAUGGCCCACUCAUUUUUGUUGGAGAGUGGGUGAAUGAGUGGGAUGUGACAAGCGGAUCUCUAACAGAUUAUCAGGACUUUGGAAAGGCACAGUUAGAUGUCUAUAAUACAGCUUCAUUUGGUUGGUGUUAUUGGACUUUAAAAAAUGACAGGGAUCACUGGGAUUUUGAAUGGAACAUUAGGAACAACUAUCUUCAAUUAGGUAACUCACCCAACAAUCAGAACAUACACACUUUGGGACUGUCUGGAUUGGCUUUCACCUUGUUUUAUCUUCCUCACUUUUUGUGAAAAUUUUACUUGGAUUGAAGGCAUUUUUGAUGCAGCUGUUUCAAGAUUUUUUGUUUCACUCUGCCAUUAACUUUAUAUUGAUGGAAAUUGAAGAAUGCAAUGAUAUAGGAUGUGAACCCCUUAUGCUUGUUUUGUAUACUCACUCAAAUAAAACUUAUAAGUUUGGUUGAUAUUCAAGGUCAUUUUACAUAGAUUUUGAUAUACACACAUCAGAAAAACCACUAAUUUUGUGUUGUCCACUUCUAGACAAUUUAUGUAAAUAUAAAAGCAGCAUCUUCCAAGCAAGCAUUAGCUAUAAAUUAAUCAU